AAUUCAUACUUUAACAACGAAAAGCAAAGGGUAUGCCAGAACGAACGCUUUGUUUCGGUGUUUCUCUAUAAUAAAAAUGGCGACUGCUUGACAAAGCGUAAAAAAUUGAAAAUUGCCCAACAUUUUGCUUGGCUUUGCUUCACAUACAAAAGCAUACAUCGAACUUAGCUGUCAAAGAAAAUCAGUCUUAUGCGUUGCCUAUGUGUAUAUAUUAGAGGAAAUCUUAUUAGUUCAAUGUAUAAGAGUUUCAGUAGUAGUAACUUGCUAGGUAAAUCUAAAAACCAAAUUCAAUGGGACCUAAAUCAAUGAAAACGGCAUCACUGAUAUUAACUUUAGGAAAUUGUGUGGCAACAUGAUUAGAGCCUCAGACAGACAUUUAUUUUUGACAUUUAAAAAGCGUGAUGUUUUCUUCAUGGAAUGUCUUUGAACAGAAUUAGUACCAAAUUACAUAAAUUAAAUUGGGGCUUAAUCAAAUCUUGACAUACAACUCAAUUUAAAUUUAAAGUUGUUCGAAAAUUAUUGGCUAUGUAUAAAUUCUUAGCUGCAUCCCGUGGUAAUUACCACCGGCUCGUCCAAAGUAGUAGUUACUGGCAAGGACUACAUAAUCAGCGUUGCUAUUCGCAACCAAGCCGAAGACCCGGAUUUUUUUCGCAGUUCAUCGACAAUAUUAGAUCAGAAAUUGAUAAAAAUAAUGAAAUGAAAGAAAAUAUAAAAAAGUUUCGCGAAGAAGCACAGAAAUUGGAGCAGUCCGAAGCUCUUCAAUCGGCUAGGCAGAAAUUUAAUAUCGUUGAAUCUGAGGCACAAAAGUCUUCAAAUAUUUUGAAGGAACAAUUAGGGAGUAUAAAAGACAAAGUUAGUGAUGUGUUAGACGAAGCAAGUAAAUCCGAUAUUGCAAAAAAAGCAACAAAAUUAUCCGAAGGAAUUUCGAAGACGGCUAAAGGUGUAACUGAAACUAUAACAGAGAAAAGUGAAAAAAUUGGACAGACAUCUGCUUUUCAGGCUAUAUCAACAACUACAGAAAUGAUCAGACAAGAAAUAGGGUCCCAAAGCAUAAAUUCAAGAGUAUAUCGUUCUCCUCAUAAACUGCGAAAACGUAUUGAAGUCGAAUAUGCAAGCGAUGACCGAGUGGUUGAGCCUAAUGCUGAUGCAACAGGAGUCGAGCUUCACAAGGAUUCGAAAUUUCAUCAAUCGUGGGAAAAUUUUAAAAAUAACAAUGCGUAUGUGAAUAAAGUACUUGACUGGAAACUUAAAUACGACGAGUCGGAGAAUCCUAUGAUACGCGCUUCCCGCCUCUUAACAGAUAAAUUUUCAGAUGUUAUGGGAGGACUUUUUUCGAAAACAGAGUUAUCAGAAACACUUACUGAACUAUGCAAAAUUGAUCCGAACUUCGAUCAAAAACAGUUUCUUCGCGACUGUGAGACUGAUAUAAUACCAAACAUCUUAGAAGCGAUGGUUAAGGGAAAUUUAGAAAUCCUUAAGGAUUGGUGUUUUGAAAGCACCUACAAUAUAAUUGCAACACCUAUAAACCAAGCUAUUAAGUCGGGUAUGUAUUUGGAUUCGAAGAUUCUUGAUAUCGAAAAUAUAGACUUGGCGAUGGGUAAAGUAAUGGAGCAGGGACCAGUACUUAUAGUUACCUUUCAAGCCCAACAAAUAAUGUGUGUUCGUGAUAAGAACCACGAAGUAGUGGAAGGUGAUCCAGAUAAAGUCAUGCGAGUAAAUUAUGUGUGGGUUCUUUGUCGAGAUCCCAACGAGUUAAAUCCAAAAGCAGCUUGGCGGCUUAUGGAAAUUUCGGCUAAUAGUCAAGAACAAUUUGUAUAAUAGGGAAUUAAAUGUUAACUAGCUAUUAAUUAGUUGCCGUUAAAUAUUUCUGAUAUUUUUAUUAAGGAGUGUUUCAUGUAAAUAAUACAUGCGGUUCGUGUUCUAUUUUCAUUUACAGAAAGUUUUCUAUAACUUUUUGAUGAAUACAUCCUGUCUUGAAAAAAAAGUUAAGGUAACAUUUUGUGAAUGAAAAUAUUGAACAUAAUAAUAUAUGUAUGUUGUAAUAACAGGUCCGUCUGGCAUUAAAAAUUCACAUUUAUUGUUGAAGACGGCAAGAAAACAAAUCUGUACAUAUUAACUAAUUUAAAAGAUUAAAGAAAAGCUGAAACAAUGUUUGUUAUAA